CUUAUCGAAAGGAUGAUGAGAAUAAUUAUGAUGAAAAGUCUUCAACAACUUAUCGAAAGUAUGACGAGGAUUAUAAUGAUGAAGAAUCUUCAACAACUGAUCAAAAAUAUGAUGAGAAUAAUUAUGAUGAGGAAUCUUCAACAUCUUAUCAAAAAUAUGAAAAUGUACCUUAUCAACAAUACAUUGAGACUGAUCCUGGAAUAACUUAUUUUGAUUUUAUUAAAUUUGAACGUGAUUAUACUUCAGCUCUUGAACAACAAAAAAACGAACAACAAAAGCCCUCUACAUCAUCAGCAAACAGACAACAAAAGCCUUCUACAUCAUCAGCGAACAGACAACAAAUGACAUCUACAUCAUUAACAAACAGACAACAAAAGCCAUCUACAUCAGCGGUAAAUAAACCAUUUACCUAUUCACAAUCUUAUAUAUCAAAUCCGAAUGUUCCUGUUCAUAAAGAAAUUCUAAUGAUUAUUCAUGCCAAAGUACAAGAAAUAACUAAUGAAAAAAGCAACGGAAAACGUAGAUUAGAUAGAAAACUCAAUAACCAUACGUUCCGUCCUUUGUGUGACUUUGGUAUGAAAAACCUUUUAGAAUAUGAAAAAUCAUAUUUAUUUAAAUCUUUAAGUAAACGCACAAGAGAACGUAUCAAAGCUACAAUUAUUGCUGAGUUAAAAGAUGAAUGUAUUAAUAAAAAUAAGAAACUAACACAACCCAUCAAUAUUUAUGCGGAAAAAAACAUAAUUCCUCGUUUACCAUCUGGUAUUAAUAGCUAUACCGAUUAUCAAAAACAUUAUCGUUAUAAUAAUUUCUCUGACAAGACUAAAAGGAGGAUUCAAAAAAUAAUUUCAUUAGAAAAAGUUAACCAUUAAUUAUUUAUUAUUGUAAUUUUUUUACUAAUAAAGUCCAUGUUUCACCUAUAAUGAUACCUGUAAUGAAAGAAUAGAAUAUCACAUGUAAUUCUUUAUAAGACAUUGGUGACGCAGUAUAAACUUAUUCCGUUGAUAAAUAGGCUUAUUUGAAAAAUGCAGUAAAGAACUUCAUCAGACGCCAGUAAUCAAGCUGAAAAAAGGGGGGGGGAACCAUGAUGCAUUGAUAAUCUGAAAAGGACAUGAAUAUCAAUCCUUUAAUAAUUUUGAUAUACGAAUAUUCUUUACCAUAAAUAAGAACCUCCAAUAAGAAAUAGUGUCUAUUGUUUUUGCUUUAUAGAAUAUAUUUAUUCCUUUCCCAAAAUCAUAAAUCAAUUGAUCAAGAAAUUCACGUAAAGUUAGAAUAUCUAUAUAAAAGUUGAUAUUUUAUUUUAAAAUUAGAUAAGAAGAAAAAAAAAAUUAACAAAUCACGAAUAUUUAAAUCUCGCAGUUAAUUGCCAAU